ACUUCGAUGUCAUUGGCGUCUAGGAGGCGUGGGUGCCAAGAAACGUCAAAAGAAACGAAAACGAAUUCCCUGUCCAAAAAGAGCUUAAGAAGGCUGUUGAUGAUGAUGACGAUGAUGAGUGGCCCCGAGCUUAGGGCCGUGUUGCUAGCUAGUAAAUGCAAAAACUUUAGACAGGGAAUCAAUUGUUGCCUUGUUUUAUUUCGCUGAAAGACACGCAACAACAAUAGCCCAGGUAACUGGCUACCAAUUUGGAUAGGAGGCGGGGGUCGUUGGCGUUGGCGUUAGCGUUGGCGGAGCGUAAGGCCAACAACCGUGAAAAGCGCUUCAGGAUGACAGUUAUGGGUUACAAAGGCAAGGAUUGAAUCAAAUAAAUAAAGGCACAAGGUUCAGUUCAGUGCAGUCAAGAGCGGGUACGCUCCGGCCUAUAGGCCUAUAGCCAGCACUGUGGAAGGGUCGAGGGUCCUUCGAUGACGGGUUAACCUUACCAUGUGUCCAUGUCAAGUUUGCAUGCGGCUGCAGGUAAUUCUUCAUUUCGCUUUACAUAAUCAUAAUAAAUGUAGAAAGCCAAUGAAUGGCAAAUCUAUUAGCAUAUAACAUCAUAUAAAACAAAAAUACAAAGCACAAAAUGUCUGCGAGCUGAGUGAAGGAACGAAUCAACGAAUCAGUUGCAUUGUAGCAGUCGAAUCGAAAUGAACAUCUGGAAGGCAAAAGUGUUGACGGAGGUGCCCUUUGGUCAUGUGCUCAUCCUUAGCGGCAAAGUCAAGCCACAUCCCAAUAAAAUCUCGUUGGAUUUGACGGACAAUGUGAAUGCUCAGAAUGAGAGCGAAACGGUUUUUCUGAAAAUCGAAGCCAAUUUUCGUGAAGGUCAGAUCAUACGCAGCAUGUUCCAGCCAGGUGAGGGCUGGCAGCAGGAGGAGAUAUCCAAGAAUUGGAAAUGUGAUGGACCCAAAAAUCCGCUGGUCCCGGGUCAAUGCUUCACCUUUCGCGUGGCCGUCCUUCAACGCUGCUUCGAGAUCUAUGUGAAUGAUCAGCUAUAUGGUUCGUUUGAGUUCCUCAAAUUUCCGAAGCAAAUCAACUAUGUGCGCGCCUAUGGAGAUUUUGAGAAGAUCACACAGUUCCACCAUCGCAUGCUAUUCCCUCUGGUGUUUCCUCGCAGCUUGAUGUGCGUGGAUCGUGUGGCCUUUCAGAGCGAUGUGCCAAGGCGCUAUGAGACGGGCACCGUUGUGGCCAUGGAAUGUAUUGCCAAGGGUCCGCCCACAACGGAGUUUUCCAUUUGUUUCCAGUGCAACGAUACGGGUCGCAUGGUGCUCAAAUUUCAUGUGAACUUCGAUAAGACGACCGUCUCGCGCUCUUAUCAACGCGAUGACAACAGCUAUGCUCUUGAUGACGAGGAAACUGAAGGAGAAUUUCCGUUUGUGCGUGGCAAACUCUUCAAAAUCGCCUUCGGCAUUGGCGAUCGCUCGUUCCUCAUUGCCGUCAAUGGACAAUAUUUUACCUAUUACAAUUUCCCGUUACGUCCAUUUUCCAUAUCUACGCUCAAGUGCUUCACCAAUGAACUGGGCGACUUUUCCGUUAGGAGCUUGGAAUAUCACUCGGAUUCCCCAUUGCUGUCGCGUGUGGAGAAAUUGUCCAUUAUCUAAAGAGGAAUUACGGAUUUUGAAAUCUCGCUAGUUGCAAUCGUUGACAUUUUUUUCUUGUACACCAGUUAAUUAACUACCUGUAGUCUAGCAAGUUUAUUAAAUAAAUCGAACUCAUUCAUAGA